AUGCCUGCCUCAACAUCUUCUCGAAUGCAAAUGCCCCGUGAGCCGGCUCCCGUAGCUUUCGCUGCCGAACGAACCAGCAUUGAACAGCCGCGCCCGAUUCAACCCAUGACCAUGGAACAACCUGAACUGAGCCAUUUGCUGUGGAAUUUGCGCUGGUCUAUGUUGUUUUGA